AUGGAGAGUGCUUGGACGCCCGAUCCUCCAUCGACUGUCGAUAUUGACAGAAAUGGCGACGUAAUGCUCGUCCUCGGUCCGUCCGAAUCGCCUAGGGCAUCACUGCUCGUCUCGUCCAAGGUUCUCUCAAUUGCGUCGCGCGUCUUCGAAGUGAUGUUUGGUCCGUACUUCAUGGAGGGUCAAGCCAUGCGUGAGGAGAAGAACCCCGCAAAACCUCUGCAACUACCGCUUCCUGAUGAUGACCCGAGUGGUGUGACGAUUCUCUGCAACUACCUUCAUCAUCGACACCUGUCUUUGCCGAAAAGCCCUUCCUUGGAUCUAGUCGUAGAGGUCGCUCGGGUGGCUGAUAAGUAUGAUUGUGCUGCAAUACUUAGACCUGUUGUCGCUGCUUGGAUGAGGCCCUAUCUCUUCGAAGCUUCCGCUGAGCCUCAGUUGCGAGAUCUGCUGGCGCUCGCGUGUCUUUUCGACGAUGCCUGGAGCUUCAAGACCGUCACUGCCCAAAUUCUUCUCGCGAACGGUAAAAAUUUUGGGUACCUCAGGAAUGGGAAAUUGAGUCAUGCGAUCCCAGAAUCAGCUUUUGCCGCACUGGAAUGCGAGAGGGAUUCGGCUCGCCAAUAUUUCGCCAACCGACUCAACUCACCGAUACUGUCCUUGCUUGAGAGAACCGAAAGUAUAAGGAUGCUUAGCGGCCAUAAUCAAGACUAUCGCGUGCCUAGAGCGGAUCAUCACCAGACCAAGUUCUGCCUGAAAGAUGCGCUCACUGUCGCUGGGUAUUACCGCGAACUAAAUCGGCUGGGGUUGGGUACUUUCAAGUGGUCAAUUCCCAUCAAGGACCAGCUUGCGAGUCUUGCACAAUUCAAUUCUGCCGCGGUCAACCUCGACAGUGAGCUCGAUGCGAGGUCGAAUAGCUGCUUGCCCACUAAUCGAUGUCCGGCAUGUGUCAUUGAUUUCUCCCACGAGGUUAACGGCAUCAUCUCCGCAGUGCUUUCGCGCUGCACUGGACUCUGCAUAGACUGCACUCUCAAGAUCCCAGCAACUCCAAACAAUUGUCGUAUGCAUCAUACGGAACCCUUGCUGUUUCAGGUCCGGGCUAAUGAUGUUCUAUCGUUUGCUCAUUGGACGGAGGAAGACAUCCAAAGGCUGCACCGGUAA